AUGGGUCACGGGGAUGACCCACGUGAAUUCAGCCUAGAAGAUGCCCUGUAUGACCUCAGCACCAAGCAACGUAAGGAUUUUGACUUGGCUGAUGCCCUUGAUGAUAAGAACGACAGGAAAGAUGCUGGGAGGCCAGACGUAAGGCCAGGUGAAGCACUUUCAGACGACGACCUGGCCAGCAUUGUGGACGGCGGCUACAGCCCAGACAAGAAGAAAGGUGCCGGGGACAGCACCGACAGCAACUAUGGCGGAGGCACAGUAGCAGAGACAGGGACGAUUGCCGGCAUCGCCAGCGCCCUGGCCAUGGCACUCAUCGGGGCCGUCUCCAGCUACAUCUCCUACCAGCAGAAGAAGUUCUGCUUCAGCAUCCAGCAGGGACUUAACACGGAAUAUGUGAAAGGAGAAAACAUGGAAGCUGUCGUAAGCGAGGAACCCCAAGUUAAAUAUUCAGUACUGGAAACACAGUCAGCAGAACCACCAAAACAAGACAGUGCGAAGAUGUAA